UGAAUCAAACUUUAAUUUCGAGAAAAGGACCUCUCUUUUUGUUUGUUUGUUCAAGGACCUCUCUCUAUAAAUUGCUAACCCACAGAUGAAAAAAAGAGAGGAAAAAAGAAGACUUCCCUUCUUUUGCCGGCUAUAACGCGCCUAUCUCCGUGUCCACACUUACUAUAUUGCGCCCAACUCCGUAUGCGCACUUACUAUAUUGCGCCUGUCUCCGUCUUCGCGAUCGCUUCGCCGUCUAAUGUCUGAUUUGCGACGUCUCCUUCACACGUUUAAACAAUAACUUGUCCGUAUGUGCAAAUCCAAAAUGGGCGUCAAUGCUUCAGAGCCGACUCGAAGACCAUCUCGGCCGAGCCAAUCUCAGGGAAGGCACCACUCCUCGAGACGCUCUCCGUCAACGAGCACGACCGGUACGACAACAACGAGCUCGAAUUCUAACAAAACCCCUGCUUCCUCCUCCUCCGGUGCUUCUUCUUCAGCCGCAAGUCGAACAUCCCUCGCUAGUCUCCGCGAAUCCUUACCCGAAAACCCUCAUAUCUACGACGUCUCCGAGAUUCGCGCCGCCACCAACAACUUCCUCGCCCACCGCUUGUCUUCCUCCUCCUCCUCCAAAGCCUCGUGGCGAUGCAAUUUGCGCGGGAAAGAGGUCGUCGUCUUCCAGAGAAAGUUCAGGCGGAGGAUCGCCAAAGACGAGCUUAAGGAUCGCCUCUCCGAUAUCUGCCGGAGCCACCACGGGAGCAUCAUCAAGCUCCUCGGGGCCUCCGUCUCCGGAAGCGGAGGAGGCGAUCACAUCUACUUAGUCUACGAGUACGUCAACGGAGCGUCUCUCGCCGAUUGCUUGCGGAACCCUAAGAACCCUAACUUCACCGUGUUGUCGAAUUGGGCCUCGAGGAUCCAAAUCGCGACGGAUCUGGCCCAUGGGCUCGACUACAUCCACAACAAAACUGGGCUCAAGAUCGAGAAUCUCGUUCACAACCACAUCAAGAGCUCCGCGGUGAUCGUGACGGAGCCCGAUUACAACGCGAAUAUCUGCCACUUCGGGACCGCGCAGUUAUGCGGGGAAACGAACGAAACGACGCCGGAGAGAGACGGACACGGACGGAGAGGACGCUCUUCCUCGAGAUUCGAAGGCGCGAGAGGGUACAUGUCGCCGGAGUUUCAGGCCUCCGGGAUCGCCACUCGGGAAUCAGACGUGUUCGCGUUUGGAGUCGUGAUGCUUGAGCUUCUCUCCGGCGAGGAGCCGCUGAAGUAUAGGUACGACAAAGCCACCGGGGAUUUCGAGCGGACUUCGGUGAUUGAAACCGCGAAAGCGGUGAUCGACGGCGGAGAUGGAGAUACAGAGGGGCUGCUGAGGAGGUGGGUUGAUCGGAGAUUAGGGGAUUCGUUUCCGGUGGCGGUGGUGGAGAAGCUGACGCGAUUGGCGUUGGAGUGCGCUGUGGAGGAUCCGGUGAAUCGGCCGGAGAUGGGAAGAGUCGCCGGGAAAAUAUCGCAACUGUAUUUAGAAUCGGAGAAAUGGGCGACGAACAUGAAACGGCCAACGGAUAUAACCGUCUCCUAUGCUCCCAGAUGAGGAAAUAAUGAAUCUCAAUUCUUUUUUUUUCAGUUUUUCUUUCAUAAUUUGUAUAUUCAUUUUUUUUUUUCAAAUUAUUGAUGAUUUAUUUGGUCAUGUGGGACAUGAAAACUAUAUAAUAUGAGGAAUGAUAAACAUCCGUUUCCCAUACGUUGUUCGGGGUAGUAC